GUUCUGUCAAGUGGGGCAACAUCGCCUGUAACUUGUUGGGUCGUAACACUAACAUAGCCAUCAGAUCAACAACUUCGCCGUCGCCUUCUACGUCCCUUCUAUGCUCAAGAACUGGAAAUGGGGCACAUACAUCUUCUUCGCCGUCUUUCUUGCCGCCAGCGUAGUCUGGGUUUGGUUUUGCCUUCCGGAGACCAAGGGCGUUACCCUCGAGGAGAUGGAUCGUGUCUUUGGCAGCAACACCGCCGCCGAGGACACGAUCUUACUGGAGCAGGCUAGAAGGGAUGUCGGCUUAACAGAAGAUCUGGAGGACAACGCUAUCCGGUCCGAGAAGAAGAGCCUUGGCGAGACUCAGCUUGAGUCCGUCUAAGCUUUUCCAGGGGAUAAGGUAUAUAUAUCUAAACAAAAUCUAAUACAAACACCCAAUACCCCUGUCGAUACCAAAUCUACCUUAGUUCUCUACCUUGCA